AUGUUCCCAGGCCAGUUGGGGAAGCUAGCAGGGGACAUGGAGGAGUUGAAGGAGCAGAGAGAGAGCAGCAGCAGCACGUGGGAGGAGCUGUACUCGGCUCAGGAGGAGGUGCUAGUCCUCCGCCACGCCAUGGAGGCCGCCACGGCCGAGAGGGAGCGCGACAUCGCCGCCCUGCAGAGGGACCUGGGAGGUGUCACGGCCGAGCUGGAGAAGUGGCGGCAGGCUGCGGCAAAAUACGAACAGGAGAUCAACUCCCUGCAGGCCACCUUCCUGCAGCAGAGCCAGCACCAGCAGAGAGCCCACCAGCUACAAGGUACGACACCACGCUAACCACUAACCCUUCCAACAGCAGAGCCAGCACCAGCAGAGAGCCCACCAGCUACAAGGUACGAUACCACGCUAACCACUAACCCUUCCAAUAGCAGAGCCAUAUGGGUUUUCCUGAUCAAUUCCUCAGGAAUUGAAGUUUGCUCUUACAUUAUCCUCCAUCAUAUGGAAUUGAAACUGACAUCUCUCUCUAUACCCCAGCGAAAAAUCCACUUCUUUGUGAUCACAUCCUUGCAGCAUUAAAGUUGCCACUGUUUUGAAAUCAGAGAGUUGGAGCGUCUUCAGAAGGACUGCUAUAAUAAUGAUAAUCUGUCUCUCUGUAGGAGAGGGACCGUCUUCAGGAGGACUGCUAUAAUAAUGAUAAUCUGUCUCUCUGUAGGAGAGGGACCGUCUUCAGGAGGACUGCUAUAAUAAUGAUAAUCUGUCUCUCUGUAGGAGAGUUGGAGCGUCUUCAGAAGGACUGCUAUAAUAAUGAUAAUCUGUCUCUCUGUAGGAGAGGGACCGUCUUCAGGAGGACUGCUAUAAUAAUGAUAAUCUGUCUCUCUGUAGGAGAGGGACCGUCUUCAGAAGGACUGCUAUAAUAAUGAUAAUCUGUCUCUCUGUAGGAGAGUUGAAGCGUCUUCAGGAGGACUGCUAUAAUAAUGAUAAUCUGUCUCUCUGUAGGAGAGGGAGCGUCUUCAGGAGGACUGCUAUAAUAAUGAUAAUCUGUCUCUGUGUAGGAGAGUUGAAGCGUCUUCAGAAGGACUGCUAUAAUAAUGAUAAUCUGUCUCUCUGUAGGAGAGGGAGCGUCUUCAGGAGGACUGCUAUAAUAAUGAUAAUCUGUCUCUCUGUAGGAGAGUUGGAGCGUCUUCAGGAGGACUGCUAUAAUAAUGAUAAUCUGUCUCUCUGUAGGAGAGGGAGCGUCUUCAGGAGGACUGCUAUAAUAAUGAUAAUCUGUCUCUCUGUAGGAGAGUUGGAGCGUCUUCAGAAGGACUGCUAUAAUAAUGAUAAUCUGUCUCUCUGUAGGAGAGGGACCGUCUUCAGAAGGACUGCUAUAAUAAUGAUAAUCUGUCUCUCUGUAGGAGAGUUGAAGCGUCUUCAGGAGGACUGCUAUAAUAAUGAUAAUCUGUCUCUCUGUAGGAGAGUUGGAGCGUCUUCAGAAGGACUGCUAUAAUAAUGAUAAUCUGUCUCUCUGUAGGAGAGUUGAACCGUCUUCAGAAGGACUGCUCCAGUCUGCAGCAGGAGUGUGAGUGGCUCCGUUCCGAGAAGACUACCCUGGUGGACAGACUACACAGACUGGAGACUGAACUGGACAGGUGGGUCUACACACUGCAGACACAGCCAUUGGGGGGGUAGCCCUGACUCAACUGAACACUGUUACACCAAGACAUAUGAUGUGGGGCGGAGGGUUGUGGCCACAACACAGAGCAAUAAGAUCCAGCUAAAGUGACAGUGGUAAGGUUUGCCAAGUGUUGCUUUUUGCAUACUGCAGACCAGGCUUACUGCAGACCAGGCUUACUGCAGACCAGGCUUACUGCAGACCAGGCUUACUGCAGACCAGGCUUACUGCAGACCAGGCUUACUGCAGACCAGGCUUACUGCAGACCAGGCUUACUGCAGACCAGGCUUACUGCAGACUGGGUCUCUGCUCUCUGUCAGUCCCCAGGUCUCUGCUCUCUGUCAGUCCCCAGGCCUCUGCUCUCUGUCAGUCCCCAGGUCUCUGCUCUCUGUCAGUCCCCAGGUCUCUGCUCUCUGUCAGUCCCCAGGUCUCUGCUCUCUGUCAGUCCCCAGGUCUCUGCUCUCUGUCAGUCCCCAGGUCUCUGCUCUCUGUCAGUCCCCAGGUCUCUGCUCUCUGUCAGUCCCCAGGUCUCUGCUCUCUGUCAGUCCCCAGGUCUCUGCUCUCUGUCAGUCCCCAGGUCUCUGCUCUCUGUCAGUCCCCAGGUCUCUGCUCUCUGUCAGUCCCCAGGUCUCUGCUCUCUGUCAGUCCCCAGGUCUCUGCUGACACUCAACACUCCUUACUGUUGAAAUCCUUCAUCACAUUCAGCGCUGUCGGAGGGGGGAGGAAUCUAGUGCUAUUGGGGGGAUGUGCUAGCCUGGUACAGUGUGGGUGGCUAACCUGUCAGGUAUUUAUUAGCUGGGUGGGUGGAUAACCUGUCAGGUACUUAUUAGCUGGGUGGGUGGAUAACCUGUCAGGUACUUAUUAGCUGGGUGGGUGGAUAACCUGUCAGGUACUUAUUAGCUGGGUGGGUGGGUAACCUGUCAGGUACUUAUUAGCUGGGUGAGUGGGUAGUGAACCUGUCAGGUACUUAUUAGCUGGGUGGGUGGGUAGAGAACCUGUCAGCUACUUAUUAACUGGGUGGGUGGGUAGAGAACCUGUCAGGUACUUAUUAGCUGGGUGGGUGGGUUUGUGGAUAACCUGUCAGGUACUUAUUAGCUGGGUGGGUGGAUAACCUGUCAGGUGCUUAUUAGCUGGGUGGGUGGAUAACCUGUCAGGUACUUAUUAGCUGGGUGGGUGGGUAACCUGUCAGGUACUUAUUAGCUGGGUGAGUGGGUAGUGAACCUGUCAGGUACUUAUUAGCUGGGUGGGUGGGUUUGUGGAUAACCUGUCAGGUACUUAUUAGCUGGGUGGGUGGAUAACCUGUCAGGUGCUUAUUAGCUGGGUGGGUGGAUAACCUGUCAGGUACUUAUUAGCUGGGUGGGUGGGUAGAGAACCUGUCAGGUACUUAUUAGCUGGGUGGGUGGGUUUGUGGAUAACCUGUCAGGUACUUAUUAGCUGGGUGGGUGGAUAACCUGUCAGGUGCUUAUUAGCUGGGUGGGUGGAUAACCUGUCAGGUACUUAUUAGCUGGGUGGGUGGAUAACCUGUCAGGUACUUAUUAGCUGGGUGGGUGGGUUUGUGGAUAACCUGGCAGGUACUUAUUAGCUGGGUGGGUGGAUAACCUGUCAGGUGCUUAUUAGCUGGGUGGGUGGAUAACCUGUCAGGUACUUAUUAGCUGGGUGGGUGGAUAACCUGUCAGGUGCUUAUUAGCUGGGUGGGUGGAUGGGUAGAGAAUCUGUCAGGUACUUAUUAGCUGGGUGGGUGGAUGGGUAGAGAACCUGUCAGGUACUUAUUAGCUGGGUGGGUGGAUAACCUGUCAGGUACUUAUUAGCUGGGUGGGUAGAGAACCUGUCAGGUUACUUAUUAGCUGGGUGGGGUGGAUAACCUGUCAGGUAUCUUAUUAGUGGGUGGUGGAUAACCUGUCAGGUACUUUUGUUAUUUUUUAUUAUUUUUUUUUGGGUGGUGGAUAACCUGUCAGGUACUUAUUAGCUGGGUGGGUGGUAACCUGUCAGGUACUUAUUACUGGUGUGGUGGAUAACCUGUCAGGUACUUUAUUAGCUGGGUUGGGUGUACCUUCAGUACUUAUUAGCUUGGUGGUGGGAUAACCUGUCAGGUACUUAUUAGCUGGGUGGUGAUAACCUGUCAGGUACUUAUUACUGGUUGGGUGGAUAACCGGUCAGGUGCUUAUUAGCUGGGUGGUGGGUUUGUGGAUAACCUGUCGGUACUUAUUAGCUGGGUGGGUGGAUAACCUGUCAGGUACUUAUUAGCUGGGUGGGUGGAUAACCGGUCAGGUGCUUAUUAGCUGGGUGGGUGGAUUUGUGGAUAACCUGUCAGGUACUUAUUAGCUGGGUGGGUGGAUAACCUGUCAGGUGCUUAUUAGCUGGGUGGGUGGGUUUGUGGAUAACCUGUCAGGUACUUAUUAGCUGGGUGGGUGAUAACCGUCAGUGCUUAUUAGCUGGUGGGUGGUUUGUGGAUACCUGUCAGGUACUUAUUAGCUGGGUGGGUGGAUAACCUGUCAGGUACUUAUUAGCUGGGUGGGUGGAUACCUGUCAGGUACUUAUUAGCUGGGUGGGUUUGUGGAUAACCUGUCAGGUACUUAUUAGCUGGGUGGGUUUGUGGAUAACCUGUCAGGUACUUAUUAGCUGGGUGGGUUUGUGGAUAACCUGUCAGGUACUUAUUAGCUGGGUGGGUUUGUGGAUAACCUGUCAGGUACUUAUUAGCUGGGUGGGUGGAUAACCUGUCAGGUACUUAUUAGCUGGGUGGGUGGAUAACCUGUCAGGGUGCUUAUUAGCUGGAUGGGUGGAACCUGUCAGGUACUUAUUAGCUGGGUGGGGGAUAACCUGUCAGGUACUUAUUAGCUGGGUGGGUGGAUACCGGUCAGGUGCUUAUUGCUGGUGGGUGGGUUUGUGGAUAACCUGUCAGGUACUUAUUAGCUGGGUGGGUGGAUAACCGGUCAGGUGCUUAUUAGCUGGGUGGGUGGGUUUGUGGAUAACCUGUCAGGUACUUAUUAGCUGGGUGGGUGGAUAACCUGUCAGGUACUUAUUAGCUGGGUGGAUAACCUGUCAGGUACUUAUUAGCUGGGUGGGUUUGUGGAUAACCUGUCAGGUACUUAUUAGCUGGGUGGGUGGAUAACCUGUCAGGUACUUAUUAGCUGGGUGGGUGGAUAACCUGUCAGGUACUUAUUAGCUGGUGGGUUUUGUGGAUAACCUGUCAGGUACUUAUUAGCUGGGUGGUUUGUGGAUAACCUGUCAGGUACUUAUUAGCUGGGUGGGUUUGUGGAUAACCUGUCAGGUACUUAUUACUGGGUGGGGUUUGUGGAUAACCUGUCAGGUACUUAUUAGCUGGGUGGGUUGUGGAUAACCUGUCAGGUGCUUAUUAGCUGGGUGGGUGGAUAACCUGUCAGGUGCUUAUUAGCUGGGUGGGUGGAUAACCUGUCAGGUACUUAUUAGCUGGGUGGGUGGAUAACCUGUCAGGUAUGAUAGCGGGUGGGGGUGGAUAACCUGUCAGGUACUUAUUAGCUGGGUGGGUGGAUAACCUGUCAGGUGCUUAUUAGCUGGGUGGGUGGAUAACCUGUCAGGUGCUUAUUAGCUGGGUGGGUGGAUAACCUGUCAGGUACUUAUUAGCUGGGUGGGUGGAUAACCUGUCAGGUACUUAUUAGCUGGGUGGGUGGAUAACCUGUCAGGUACUUAUUAGCUGGGUGGGUUUGUGGAUAACCUGUCAGGUACUUAUUAGCUGGGUGGGUUUGUGGAUAACCUGUCAGGUACUUAUUAGCUGGGUGGGUGGAUAACCUGUCAGGUACUUAUUAGCUGGGUGGGUGGAUAACCUGUCAGGUACUUAUUAGCUGGGUGGGUGGAUAACCGGUCAGGUGCUUAUUAGCUGGGUGGGUGGGUUUGUGGAUAACCUGUCAGGUACUUAUUAGCUGGGUGGGUGGAUAGCCGGUCAGGUGCUUAUUAGCUGGGUGGGUGGGUUUGUGGAUAACCUGUCAGGUACUUAUUAGCUGGGUGGGUGGAUAACCUGUCAGGUACUUAUUAGCUGGGUGGGUGGAUAACCUUCAGGUACUUAUUAGCUGGGUGGGUUUUGUGGAUAACCUGUCAGGUACUUAUUAGCUGGGUGGGUGGAUAACCUGUCAGGUACUUAUUAGCUGGGUGGGUGGAUAACCUUGUCAGGUACUUAUUAGCUGGGUGGGUUUGUGGAUAACCUGUCAGGUACUUAUUAGCUGGGUGGGUGGAUAACCUGUCAGGUACUUAUUAGCUGGGUGGGUUUGUGGAUAACCUGUCAGGUACUUAUUAGCUGGGUGGGUUUGUGGAUAACCUGUCAGGUACUUAUUAGCUGGGUGGGUGGAUAACCUGUCAGGUACUUAUUAGCUGGGUGGGUGGAUAACCUGUCAGGUGCUUAUUAGCUGGGUGGGUGGAUAACCUGUCAGGUGCUUAUUAGCUGGGUGGGUGGAUAACCUGUCAGGUACUUAUUAGCUGGGUGGGUGGAUAACCUGUCAGGUGCUUAUUAGCUGGGUGGGUGGAUAACCUGUCAGGUACUUAUUAGCUGGGUGGGUGGAUAACCUGUCAGGUACUUAUUAGCUGGGUGGGUGGAUAACCUGUCAGGUACUUAUUAGCUGGGUGGGUGGGCUUCUACCACAGUAGUAUGCAGGAGCUGACAUGGGGCUGGGCAGCAUGGAGGGGGAGGAGGGGGAGAGAGCAGUUGAAAUAUUGAGAGCAAGCUGAAGUACACAACAUCUACAAUAGACUAACCUUAUUAUUACGAAACAUCCUGCUGACAUGUGCUGACCACCUCCCCCUGUCCUCCCCCUGUCCUCCCCCUUCCUCCCCCUGGCCUCCCCCUGUCCUCCCCCUGUCCUCCCCCUGGCCUCCCCCUGUCCUCCCCCUGUCCUCCCCCUGGCCUCCCCCUGUCCUCCCCCGGGCCUCCCCCCGUCCUCCCCCGGGCCUCCCCCGGGCCUCCCCCUGUCCUCCCCCCGUCCUCCCCCUGACCUCCCCCUGUCCUCCCCCCUACCUCCCCCUGUCCUCCCCCUGACCUCCCCCCUACCUCCCCCUGUCCUCCCCCUCCUCAGUUCCAGGGAGCAGACUGCCAGUCUGGAGAAGUCCCAGAGAGAGAUGCAGAGUAGACUGGGCUCACUGCAGGACCAACACCUCCAGGAUGCUAACAAGCUGCAGACACAGCUGGCCCAGGCUGCUAGCAGGACACACAGCCUGCAGAGAGAGGUACUAUACAGACACACAGCCUGUAGAGAGGGGUACUAUACAGACACACAGCCUGUAGAGAGGGGUACUAUACAGACACACAGCCUGUAGAGAGGGGUACUAUACAGACACACAGCCUGUAGAGAGAGGUACUAUACAGACACACAGCCUGUAGAGAGCGGUAACUAUACAGACACACAGCCUGCAGAGAGAGGUACUAUACAGACACACAGCCUGCAGAGAGAGGUACUAUACAGACACACAGCCUGUAGAGAGGGGUACUAUACAGACACACAGCCUGUAGAGAGGGGUACUAUACAGACACACAGCCUGUAGAGAGAGGUACUAUACAGACCACAGCCUUAGAGAGGGGUACUAUACAGACACACAGCCUGUAGAGAGGGGUUCUAUACAGACACACAGCCUGUAGAGAGGGGUACUAUACAGACACACAGCCUGUAGAGAGGGGUACUAUACAGACACACAGCCUGUAGAGAGGGGUACUAUACAGACACACAGCCUGUAGAGAGGGUUACUAUACAGACACACAGCCUGUAGAGAGGGUACUAUACAGACACACAGCCUGUAGAGAGAGGUACUAUACAGACACACAGCCUGUAGAGAGAGGGUACUUAUACACAGACACACAGCCUGUAGAGAGGGGUACUAUACAGACACACAGCCUGUAGAGAGGGGGUACUAUACAGACACACAGCCUGUAGAGAGGGGUACUAUACAGACACACAGCCUGUAGAGAGGGUACUAUAGACACACACCUGUAGAGAGGGUACUAUACAGACACACAGCCUGUAGAGGGGUACUAUACAGACACACAGCCUGUAGAGAGGGUACUAUACAGACACACAGCCUGUAGAGAGGGGUACUAUACAGACACACAGCCUGUAGAGAGGGGUACUAUCCAACCAACUCGAGCCGGUAGAUAGAGGGUACUAUCGACAGACACAAGCCUGUAGAGAUGGGUACUAUACAGACACACAGCCUGUAGAGAGUGUACUAUAACAGACACACAGCCUGUAGAGAGGGGUACUAUACAGACACACAGCCUGUAGAGAGGUACUAUACAGAACACAGCCUGUAGAGUGGGGGUAACUAUACAGACACACAGCCUGUAGAGAGGUACUAUACAGACACACAGCCUGUAGAGGGGUACUAUACAGACACACAGCCUGUAGAGAGGGGUACUAUACAGACACACAGCCUGUAGAGGGGGUACUAUACAGACACACAGCCUGUAGAGAGGGGUUACUAUACAGACACACAGCCUGUAGAGGGGGUACUAUACAGACACACAGCCUGUAGAGAGGGGUACUAUACAGACACACAGCCUGUAGAGAGGUACUAUACAGACACACAGCCUGUAGAGAGGUACUAUACAGACACACAGCCUGUAGAGAGGGGUACUAUACAGACACACAGCCAGCGGCUGCAUGCAAAGUUUGCCUGUUUUUGAAUGUUGCUCACAUGAAUCUCUCUUCCCCCCCCCCCCCCCCCCCCCCCCCCCCAGUAUGAGGACACCCAGACCUCGCUAUCUGACCUGCGGCAGCGUUAUGAGAGGACAGAGCAGGAGAAACGCUCCAUCAACGAGGAGCUGCAACAGUGUAAAGUCAACCUCAAACUGCUGCAGGACAAGAGCAAGAAUGUGAGUAGUUACAUCCUAACCCCAUUUCCUGUCCAGAAGCCACCAGGCCUUUUCUGUCUCUCUCUCUGUGGUUCAUUUACUAGACUUACUACAGAUAA